UCUGAGCACGACUUGUCUAUUUCCCCGCGUGGAAAGUUGACGGACUUUUCCUCCACAUCUCCUGCAUUGUUUUGCCAUACACUCGAAGCGAGUGGGGGUGACAUAUUUUAGGCAAUGGUUGAAGACUUUUUUUGUUUGUUUUUUCCGUUUUUUGUUUUUGUUUUUUUUAAGUGCAAACAUAGUGGAUAAAGCUUAAUUUUAGUUUUCCUUCAAUUUUUUACGGCAAGUGACAGGAGCGAGUCGACGUACACAAUCUACACCGUGAGGUAGCGAGGGGACGCCAAAUGUCACUUCCAUCUUCUCGUGUGACAUGGCACAGCGACUAGAUCCGCUCACUUUCAAAUGGAGACCAGCUCCGGGAGAGGAUAAAUUGCGUGCUGAGUAGUGCGGCUUUGGCUCUUCCCGACUAAGAGACGAGAGCAAGCCGAGAGACAUGGACCCGCUUCGUUACGUGGGACUCGCAGCACUUUUGUGCGCAGUGGUGGACAGCAAGGCGAUCCUGGAGGGCCUGCAGAGGUACAACCCAAUGCCAAUCUAUCUGCCUGUCAGCUACCGGAUCCUUAAUGCUGAGUCAGCUUUCUUCCUACAGGAGACAAACCAGGAUUUAAUGAGGAAUUCCAGCCUUCAGGCCCGUACAGAGUCCUUCUUCAUCCACCAGGCUCGGCAGAUGCCCUUUGUCAACGCUAGUUACGGGCCACUGUCUGUACAGCAACCUGUCCCGCUGGAGAUGCUCCAGACCCAACCUGGGCCAUUCAAUACGCCCACUUUCACAUUAUCAUCAGUGCCAACAUCCCCGCCAUUGUCACCGCUCUUUACAUUUAACUGGAAGGUUCAUACUUACAUCAUCAAUGAGAGGAUUCACCCCAGCUGGCCAAAAGUCCAAGUGUUGUUCUAUAUCGCAGGGAGGGACUGGGAUGAUUACAGCGCCAUCCAAAAGCUGCCCUGCAUCAGGAUGUUUGCAUUCCAUGAGACUCAAGAGGUGCAGGGGACAUGCAGGCUGAAAGGUGAACUGGGGAUUUGUGUUGCUGAGCUGGCGCCUCUUGCUAGCUGGUUCAGCCCACCCAGUGUCAGGCCAGGUAGGCAGAGGGUAUCCGAGCAGGCUCAAGGCACUCCUGUGGAGCUCUACUACAUAGUUCAAACCACCAACACUGGGCACUGCAAUGCCGAGGACUCCCGGAAAGGCAACACUAUCCGUACGGAGCAGCAUGGUCCGAGGGGCUAUUCUGGGGGGCAUACACCAAUGCAACGCAUUGGGAGCGUCAGGCUCUUUCAGCCACUAUUGGAACUGAAACUGGACAGUAACUUUUUGGUCAUGGUGCCCUCCAAACCUAUCCGACAGAGAGAAACUGUAUCUGCUUUCCUGGCUCUGUCGAUGCUUUCGUCAGUGCAGAUGUUCACCCUCAGGGUGAAGCUGAAAGAUGGAGUGGCAUUCCUGGGGGCCAGAGCCAGUAACCCGGUACCGUGGACGGUGAGUCAGGAUGUCAGAAGUGAAGGUCACAGAGUCGUCACCCUGCACUGCCGAAGGAAGGAGAACAACUUCGGUCAAAGAGAAGAGGCGGCGGGCUACCAGCGAGUGUUGCAGGUGGAUCUGGAGAUGAACGGGCUGAUGGUGCCUGAGGCUGGCAGAGAGGUGACUUGGCAGGUGGAGUAUCCGCUCACCCGCACCCAGACAAGUGAGGUGCAGACGAUCAUCCGCCUGGCACCGCAGGACUUGGGCGGCAUCGUGCCACUAGCAAUGGACACGGAGAUCCUUAACACGGCCGUCCUCACCGGUCGUACAGUCGCUGUGCCCGUAAAGGUCAUCACCGUGGGAACAGACGGGGCAGUUUCGGAUGUAACCGAGUCGGUUGAAUGCAGGUCAACUGAUGAACAAGUUAUUAAGGUGUCCGAGAGAUGUGACUACGUGUAUGUGAAUGGAAAAGAGACGCAAGGAAAGAGCAAGGUGAUGCUCAACUUCACCUACAGCUUCCUGAGCGCACAGCUGGGGAUGAGCGUGUGGAUGCCCCGCCUCCCCUUGCUCAUCGACGUGGCCGACCCUGAACUCAGUCAAGUCAACGGCUGGAAGGUUCCUGUCGCUACGGGACAAAUGAGGCAAGACCUGAUUGCGUAUGACAAGGAAGAUGACAACACGGGCGAGGAGAGGACGGAGAAGUCCUGUGCACCUCAGUACCAGAGCACCACCCUGCAAGUUCUUACACAUUUUGUGUCCGAAAGCGAAGAGGUCCAAGAGGCUGGUGACGAGGAAGAGCGAGGCCCGCAGAACUUCCUGUUGGGCAGCGACUGGCAGGUGGACGUGACGCAACUGGUCAAGGACUUUCUGAGGGUGGAUGACCCAAAGAUUGCUCGUCUGUGGGAAAGCCAAGUCAUAAUUGGACGAAGCGCUGGAAUGACCAAAAUACAGGUCCUGUCUCCCCUGACAUCAUUGGUCCUGGCUGAGAGGGCCAUCAGGGUGCUGGAUGAUAAAGUGAGUGUGACAGAGCUGGGGGUGCAGUUGGUUUCUGGACUCUCGCUGUCCCUGCACCUCAGCCCAGGGAGCAACAGUGCCAUUGUCGCCACUGCAACCACACAGGAGGUCAUUGAAGCGCCCCAACAGGAGUCCUUUAUCAGUGGCUGGCUGCAGUUUAGCGAUGGCUCUAUGACUCCACUAGAGAAUUUCAACCCAGCCCAUUUCACCCUGACAGCCACCUCGCUGGACGAGCGGGUGGUGGUGGUGGUGGUGCAGCGCAAUGCGGCCUGGAGGUGGCCGGUCAUCAAGGCAAAGGGUGAAGGUCAAGGUUUGCUUGUACGUGUUGAAAUGAGCAUGGCCGAGAUGUGCCAGAACGGAAAGAAGCGCACCAGUUUGGCCACUGGGAUGGCCAAUGUGCAGGUGAGGUUUGGAGGGCCCGAGGAACUCUAUAAACAUUCAGGAGAGCGGCGUACACGGCCCGAUAGUCCUUAUUAUGGCGGAUCCAUCUCUGAUAUGGAAAGUGGGCUAUUUAACCGCGGAGCUACUACCAUCAGGGGCCAUGUUCCCGUGAGGGCCAAUGGGGGGCGUCUGUCUACAGACGCUGGGGAAAAAAUCCUAAGUGAAUUCUCAGACUAUCCGGAUCAGGUUGAGCAUCCGCGUAGUCGCAGCACUGAUGACGAUCUGCCGACCCGAAGAGCCAUGACAGAUCUGGAGAUUGGUAUGUACGCCCUGUUGGGAGUCUUCUGCCUGGCCAUCCUAGUAUUCCUCAUUAACUGCAUCUCUUACACGUACAAGUACCGAAGCAAGCACCUGUCUCUCGAGGCCCCAGAGACGAUGCCUCAUUCCCACGACUGGGUUUGGCUGGGCCAAGAGGAGGGCUUAUGUCUGCAGCAACAGCACCACCAACUGGACGAGCUGGACGGGACCCCCGAGGAAGGUAGCCAGCUGUUAAAUGGCGGCGCCCAGCAUGGAAAUACUGGGGCGGGAGCAUGUAGGGAUCCCAGGAAUGAGUCUCUCAACUCCCCUACAACCAAGAGAAAGAGAGUGAAAUUCACCACUUUUUCCAACAUCAAAUCCAGUAAUGGAUGUCCUGUCCUUAGCCCUUUAGCAUUAAUGCAAAACAGUGAGAUCAAGUGGGUUUGUCCGGACAUUGAGCUUGGGGACUCGAAGGACCUUAGGAACUACAUGGAAAAGUUGAAUGAGAACGCUAUCAAGAACAUUGCUUAGAAGCUGGUCGGUGAUUCAGUGAACUUAAGUGAAACUCACCUGAAUGCCUUCAGAAUGAAGAAGGGAAGUACAAGGAAAUAAGGCAAUGAAGAAACCAGAUGUUGACUCUUCUUUCACUGUAACUCACUCACGCACCGGGAUAGAACUUUGGACCUGGGACGGCCCUGGAAAAGGAAGAGCGACUGACCGUGAUAAGUUAUUCGCAACAGCACCACUACAAAAGAUGAAAUGUGAACUUGAUAUUCUUGCUUAACUUAAAUGUUUGUUCUUUGUAUUUAAUUGAGUUUCCGUUUCAGAUUAUGUGCGUCCUGUACUUUGGUUUGUUUUCUUUUUGGAUCAUCAUAUUUUAAUUGUAUUGUAGUUGUUUGUGCUCUGCUUGCUUUUGCGGUGUUGCUGUAUGCCCUGUACAAAGCAGCGCUUAUAGAUUCUUGGAGGAAUUUUUUUACCUAUAUAAAUGCAAAGUUUUAUUUAGAAGUAUUGUAUGUACAGUAACAGUUUGUAAAAAGACAUUUUCUUUCAGAUCAAUGCAUGAUGUGAAGGAGGAAUGUGUGUUGGAUCUGGUACCUGGAAUGAAGGCGUGUAGAUAAGGAAUAGCCCUGGGGACAUGUCAGUACCUGUAGUAUUAUUGCAGUCACACAUUGUAAAAAUUUGUUUUGGGUCAGCUUCUGUAUGUUGCUACUGAUUUGAAUUGUGUUCUUAGCUGACUUUCUCCCCUUUCCAUUAUGAGUCCCCAUUUUUGUUUCUGUUAUUUCGCUCACUAAUUUGAUUCAUUUGAAUAGAAUACACACACAUAUAAAUUCUGAUUUUCAUGACGAGCAUCAUAGACAAUCUCGUAUUUUUAAGAAUUCAGUCGGGUGUACCAUCUGUAUGGCCUAAAUUACACACUUAAAGAACUGUA